AUGUCGCUCGUUCCAAAAAAUGGAAAAGUGGCCGUUGUUGGUGCUGGUAUCUCCGGGCUCUGUUACAGUUACUUCUUGCGCAAACUCCGACCUGAUGUACAUGUUCUGAUCUUCGAAAGCGCUCUGGAGCCUGGAGGAUGGAUUAAAACACUCCAAUUGCAAGAUAAGCAAGAUGUUGUUCGUUUGGAGAAGGGACCCCGUACUUUGAGGGGAGUGAGUGAUGGUACGCUUCUCAUUGUGGAUAUAAUGAGACAAUUGCAGCUUGAGAAAGAGGUGGAAGUAAUGAAGGCUUCGUCAAAUGCAAAUAGGAAGUGGUUGCUAGAUGGGUCCAACAAAUUGGUCCAGGUGCCUAAUUCGAUUCCCCUGUUCUUGAAGUUUCUCGCGAGCGAUGUGACUGAUGGAGCGGUGACAGGUACCAUUACAGAGCCAUUUAGAAAACCUUCGAAGGAAGGUGGUGACGAGUCCAUCGAAUCAUUUAUUCUGAGAAGAUUUGGCUCUCCUCAAAUGGCCAACAAUAUCAUAAGUGCUAUUAUGCAUGGAAUUUAUAGUGGUGACGUAGCUAAGCUAAGUGUCAACACAACAUUGCCAGCUUUAGCCGAGCUCGAAAAAACCCAUGGCCUGGUUGUCAAAGCAGGUUUAUCAAAAAUGUUCGGUAAGAAAGUUCCAAAAGUAUUGAAUCCGGUGUUGCGUGAGUAUGAGGAAUGGGUUUCUCCGGGUGCUAAUCUUGAACAAAUGUCUGCGGACCUAAAGAAAUUCCCAAUCUUGAGACUUCGUAGUGGUCUACAGACAUUUCCAAAGGCUUUAGCCGAAUAUCUCAGUCAUGAUACUGGAGUCACAUUACAUUUCAACACUAAAGUUACAGCCGUUGAUCUUAAGAACUGCGCCUUAGAUCAUACUGGUGAUGGAUCCAGAGCGCAGUUUGACCACAUAAGAUUCAAUGCCGGAUUCAAAACACUACAAAGUAUCACAAAUGUUGCAGACGAAACAGCUAUGAAAGGAUUCCAAGAUGUUGAGUAUUCCACGAUCUUCCUUGCGAACAUUUACACGAAACUGAAAAAGUUGAUUCCAAAAGAACUUGAAGGCUUUGGAUUCUUGGUCCCAAAGAAAAACAAAAACCCCGAAGGUCUUUUAGGCGUUAUUUACGACUCUUGUACAGAGACAGAUGGCCAGAAUUUCUUCGACGAAAGCUCCAAGCCCGCAGAAUCAUAUACAAAGCUUACUCUCAUGAUGGGCGGUCAUUUCUACAAUGAGCGGGGAAUUCCCUCUACGAGCGGAAGCUUGAGAGCAGCCAAGUCAGUGUUGGAGAACAUUCUAGGUUUUGACACCAGCAAGUUCAAUAUAAUUCUACGUGACGAGGCUAACACGGAAGACAAGACUAUUUCAUUGAAUGAUGAUGAUCUUCUCAUCUCGUACAACCUCCACAGAGACUGUAUACCUCUCUACAAUGUGGGUUUCUCUGAAAACGUCUCUAGUGUCGUUAAUUGGGUUGGUAUGGAAUCACACGGGAAAGUCACUUUGGGCGGACCAAACAUGGGCAAGCUAGGAAUCCCUGACUGCGUUGUCAACGAAUUCGAAGCUGCCUUUAGAGCUAAAUAA